UGUCCUGGGAGGGACCCAGCUUUCCCGGGGUGGCGGAGGCAGUGUUGUCAGGGGCACUUUUGGCACGUUUGAAGCCGUGUGAGGGUCGGCGUGAUGCUGAUGCCCAGCACCCUUCCUCUGGAGGAUUUAAAUGGACAAAAAGAGCUGUGUCCACGUCUCUGCCACCUCAAGAAAGGCCCCAAUGGCUACGGCUUCAACCUGCACAGUGAGAAAUCCAGACCGGGGCUCCGCUCGGGGGACCCAGAUUCGCCGGCCUCUAAAGCAGGACUGCGGCCCCAGGACAGGCUCGUGGAGGUGAACGGGAUAAACGUGGAAGGGCUGAGGCACUCGGAGGUCGUGUCUCACAUCAAGUCCAGAGAGAACGAGGCCCGGCUCCUGGUGGUGGACCCCGAAACGGACGAUUACUUCAAGAAGCUGGCGGUGACCCCCACCGAGGAGCACACCCAAGGUGUGGUACCUCAGCCCAUCACAAAUGGAUCUGCACAGACUCAGCUGAAUGGAGGAUCCACAUCUUCAUCUCACAGUGACCUUCAAAGCCCUGGGAAGGAAUCAGAGGAUGGAGAAUCUGAAAAGAAAGACCCGUUUGAGGAGAGUGGGCUGACCCUGAGCCCAACGGCUGCAGAGGCCAAGGAGAAGGUGCGCGCCAAGCGCGUGAAGAAGAGGGCUCCACAGAUGGACUGGAACAAGAAACGAGAGAUUUUCAGCAACUUCUGAGCCUUGCUAGUGGCUCCUUUCUUCCCUGUCUCCCUUCCCUGCACUUGGCUCUCCCUGGCCCGGACGUUUCUGAGGUGCCUAGGCCCUGUCUUCAGCGUCCAUGUGAGAUGCUCUGUGCUCUGCUCUUCACUGGUUGCUUUUAUGAGGCGUAUUUUAAAGUCCUUUUUUUUUUAUUAUUAUUAUUAUUAUUAUUGUUACUCACCAGCGAUUCUCCUAAGACGAAUGUGACCA